GGGCGAAUGUUGAGCCUCAGUGUGCGCUGAAUGUAAACAAACACGGGUCCAUAGAUCACAGCUUCAUUCACUGUUGACUCAGUCACCCCGCGGCUGAAGAAAUACGAGGGAUCAGGAGAAGUACUGGGACUAUAUGACGAUAAAGAUGAGGAAGAAAAAAGUGAUAAACUAUGCUAGAAGGUCCUAGAUACAUAAGAAGGAGAGAUCACAAAGAGGAGAAGGCAACCCGUGAUAAUAAAGGGAGACAGAGAACAGACAGACAUAUCACAAGGGCUUGUAAGAUCUUUAGGAUAACUGCACCCUUGAAGGAUACGAGGACCUCACCAUUUCUGCACUUUGUAUUGAGAGAAUAUAAACGUGGCUUCAAGAACCACAAGAAAUGAGCUUCUACCUCCUGCCUCCCACAGGCAUAACGUCGCUGUACUCACUCAUGAAGGACGCGGAAACAAGACUUCUUUAUCUAUGUCAGCUUCACCAGCGCUGGGGUGACAAUGAGAAGAUCCAGAAUCUCUUCCGUGACCACCUCAAUCUUGCCUUCAACAGUGACUGUCUCAUCGAAGGCACAGAGAAGGACUGCACCACGUCUUACAUGCUCAGACUCGCAGCUUUAGGUGAUGGGAAAUUUCAAAGUUUCCUGACCAGUGCAGAAACAUUAUUCUUGGAACAUCGACUGGUGUGCGGAGGAGAAGUGGCAAUAAGGGAUACCAUAUCAGAGGCACUGACUCACUCGGGUCUUGCUUUAGAGAGCGUAUAUCUCACACAUUCACAACAUGUAUUCAUUCAACAACUACAAAAAGUGUUAAGAAGUCUUGUAGCUGCUGGGAUGAAUGAGUGUGAGGACCGAAAGCUGUGCCACCACUCUGUUAAAGUUCCAUGGACCCUGGUGCUGCCCCUGGUGAAGACCCGCAGUGUGGUGCUGGAGGUGGGCCAGGCAGUGGUGGAGUGCUCACAGGUGGUGCAGUUAUUGUGUUGCCUCUUUGAGACAUUAUUUGUUCUUGGGUUCAAGCAGUUGGUGGCUAGUAAAGUACAUGAGGAUAUACUAGAAGAUAAAAGAAUUGCUGCCAUCAUCAAGAAUCUGUACAGAUUGUACAGAGAACAUCAUGUAGGAAAAAUCAUAAGACCCUCAAGAUACCUGAAGCACACACAGAUAGAAAAGGAAGCCAGACAUUUUCCCCUGUGCAUGCAAGACCUGCAUAAAGACUUGAAGCGUCACAAUCGACUCCGCCACUAUGAAAGGUACCGGUUCACCUUGUACCUGAAGGACAUUGGGUUGCCUUUGGAUGAGAAUAUUGCCUUCUGGGAAAGUUAUUACAGCAAACCUCACAGCAGCGGCUCAGGGGGCUGCCAGCAUGCGUGGCAAGGCAGCAAGAAUCGCUACGCAUACAGUAUAAGACACAUGUACGGCUUGGAGGGACGAAAAGUCAACUGCGCAUCACACUCCUGCUCAAGAUUACAGCAAAUAGAAUCUCACCCCCAAGAGAAAGGUGGGUGCCCCUUCAGCACCUACAGGCCUGACCAGGUGAUGCCCCUGCUGCAGCCGCUGCUUGGCACCAACACCCACAUUGAGGAUGUCAUUUCCAUGGAGAUGAUGGCUGGGAGACCCUCCGCUGCCUGUAAGACCCUCAUGGCCUUCACAUUGCUUAAAAUGCAACAAAAAGUAACCAAUACCACACCCAACAGUAGUUUGGAACAAGCAGGUCAUCGUGUCACAGGAGAGAUUGGACUCUCAAGAUUGGUGGGCCCCAACGCUGCCCCUGAGUGUGGGGCAGUGCUGGCCACCACCACCACCACCACCAUCAUCAUGACUACUCAGAGAGAGGCACGUGGCAUCUCACAAACCCAUACCACGGGAGAUGCUGGCUUGCAUACGAGUGGUGGCGAAGGAUGUUCAAGGGGAAGUGCAGUGUGUGAUGCUGGCUGUCCUGGCAAAAUUAACACUGCAGGAGGAAAAUUUGUAGUUGAUAUUGAGGACAUCACAGCCUUGAUGCCUCAGUGUCUCUUUAACAGACCGUCACAAUAUUAUCUAAAGGUUGUCAGUGGUGAGAAGUUAUUAUCUUGACCCAUCAUCAUUAAAGAUGUUAAGGUUACAGGAUGUGAUGUGAUAGAGGAUGAGUCUGGUGACAAGAAGAGCUGGACUAAGGCAUGUGAAGUGGAUCUUAAAGUAACUGAAUGAAAGAUCAAAACUUAGUAGAGUUUUAAGAGGUACAUUUGAGGAAACCUAAAAUUAUUAACUGAGGACCCAUAGAGUUUUAAGAUAUAGAUCCCAGUAAACCUUGAAUUAUAAUUUUGACUGAUGACCUUCAGUAAAGUUUUGAGGAAUAAGCUCAAAUAAACCUAAAAUCAAGAACCUUUAGAAUUUUAAGAGAAAGACUCCAGGAAACAUAUUUUAUUGAGGACCUAUACCAGAGUUUUAAGAGGUAGACCACAGGAAACCUAAAAUGAUUAACUGAGAACCUUUAGUAGAGUUUUAAAAGGUAGACUCAAGGAAACCUAAAAUCAAUGACCUAAAAUCAUUGAUUGAGGGCUUUUAGUAGAGUUUUAAAAACACUAAAUUAAAAAUAAUGUAACAUUUUAAUAAAACAAUUUUUUUA